AUGGGCAAAAGCAGGAGGAAUCUCCGCGCGCAAGACUCGCUCGCUACGAGCCCCGAGACUACGAACUACCCGUCGUCCGAAGACAGCGACGCCUCGGACGUCCAGAGCCCCAGCCGAGAGGAUACCGGCUUGAUACCUCAGAAAAUGGAGGCCACCCAGACGACAUCCGAGAAAGCGCAGCAGCCGCAGCCGCAGCAGCCGCUCUCCGACUUUGAGAAGAAGAGACAGACGUUCAUCACCCGGACGAUAUGGACCUUUGUCAUGAUUGCCGGCUUCUUCGUCAUCAUCUUCGCCGGCCACCUAUACCUGAUCAUCGUUGUUACCGCCAUCCAGAUCGUCUCCUUCAAGGAGGUCAUCGCCAUCGCCAACGUCCCCAGCAAGGCCAGAAACCUCAAGUUCACAAAGUCUCUGAACUGGUACUUCCUCGUGACAACAAUGUACUUCUUGUAUGGAGAGAGUGUGCUCUAUUACUUCAAGCACAUCCUCCUGGUUGACAGGAUCCUGCUCCCUUUUGCAACGCAUCACCGGUUUAUCAGCUUUAUGCUCUACCUCAUAGGGUUUGUCUUCUUUGUUGCAACUCUGCAAAAGGGACACUACAAAUUCCAGUUUACCCAGUUUGCCUGGACUCACAUGGCCCUAUAUCUCAUUGUUGUCCAGGCUCACUUUGUCCUAAACAACAUCUUCGAAGGGCUGAUCUGGUUCUGUAUCCCCGUAUCUCUUGUGAUUACAAAUGAUAUCUUUGCCUACAUCUGUGGAAUCACAUUCGGCCGGACCCAGUUGAUCAAACUCUCCCCUAAGAAAACCGUCGAGGGCUUUGUCGGCGCUUGGGUAUGCACAGUUAUAUUCGGCUAUGGCGCAACAAUCCUCCUGAAGCAGUACAAAUAUUUCACUUGCCCAGUCAACGAUUUGGGCUCCAACCUCCUGACGGGUCUCGAAUGCACUCCAAACCCUUGCUUCAAAGCACAGCCAUACACCAUGCCAGAAUGGACUCACAUCAACAAGACCUUCCACAUCGCCCCCGUCCAAUUCCACGUUUUUGUCCUUUCUACCUUUGCCUCCCUUAUUGCUCCAUUCGGUGGCUUCUUCGCCUCUGGGCUGAAGCGGACGUUCAAAAUUAAGGACUUUGGAGAAUCCAUUCCCGGUCAUGGUGGUAUUACUGACCGAAUGGACUGCCAGUUCAUCAUGGGCCUGUUCGCCUAUAUGUACUACCACAGCUUCAUUGCCGUCCACAAGGCCAGUGUUGGAGGAGUCAUCGAGAACGCCAUCACCGGCUUAACGGUUGACGAACAGUUGGAGCUUAUCAAGGGACUGAGCAAAUACCUGUACAACCAGGGCGUUGUCUCUGAAUCAGUAAGUAUCUUGACCAAAACCGUAGAUAUACAGCCUUGCUAA